AUGGAUGAUUCACGGUUUAAUGACAUAUUUAAUGGGGAUUUCGAUGGCAAUUAUGAUAAUGUAAUGAACCGCAUUGUAGACCACAUUAAUUAUCCUAGUUGUGAAGGUAGUGGUGCCUCAUUUUCUGGUGCUGGAGAUGACAGUGAUGGAAACGACGCUGACGAUAGUAACGAUGACAGUGAUGAUGACGGUGACGAUGACAGGAUGCGUUGGUUGACAGAAGUUUUAAGAGGUCAUUGGAAACGAAGUGUUAACAUGUUCAGGAUGGACGCAACCACUUUGUUGAGUCUAUGCACUGAAUUAGAAACGCACCAUGGCUUAAAACCGUCAAGAAGAAUGAGCGUUAUUGAAAAGGUUGCAAUGUUUCUAUUUACAAUAGCAGUUGGGGCGUCAAAUAGACAAGUGCAGGAACGAUUUCAGCAUUCAGGUGAAACUAUUAGUAGAUGUUUUAAAGAAGUGCUUAAAUCAUUACGUUUGUUUGCUGUGGAAAUCAUAAAACCAGUAGAUCCACAAUUUACGAGCAUACCAAGAGAAAUUGCUAUGAAUCCAAGAUUUAUGCCACAUUUCAAGAAUUGUGUCGGUGCAAUUGAUGGAACACAUGUUCGUGCCUGCAUACCAUCUGCAAAUCAAAUUCCAUAUAUUGGAAGAAAAGGUGUACCAACACAAAAUGUCAUGGCCGCUUGUAGUUUCGACAUGCAAUUUAUGUUCGUGUGGGCAGGAUGGGAAGGCAGUGCCCAUGAUACGCGUAUUUUUCUUGAGGCUAUUGACAAUAGCAAUAUCAAAUUUCCAAAACCUCCAGAAGGAAAAUACUAUUUGGUUGAUGCUGGAUAUCCAAACGAGUAUGGGUAUUUAGGUCCCUACAAAGGCGAGAGGUAUCACUUCCAAGAAUUUAGGCGGCGUGGACAACCAAGUGGUCGGAAAGAAGUGUUUAAUCGUGCACACUCGUCACUACGUAACGUGAUCGAACGUUCUUUUGGGGUAUGGAAACAGAGGUGGAAAAUUUUGCAAAACAUGCCUGCUUAUCCGUACAAAACACAAGUUGAGAUUGUAGUUGCAUCAAUGGCACUACAUAACUAUAUUAGAAGGAGAUCGCAAGAUGAUGCAGUUUUUUCUGAGUAUGAUCGCAACCCCAAUUUAAUUCCAGAUGACUUUUUACCUGAUAUUGUUCAGGCUUCGGCCGUUCAAGGCUCACAAAGGCCUUCACGUAUGGAUUUUGUACGCGAUGGAAUUGCAAAUAGUUUGAUGGAACAAUAA